AUGUGGCGUUCGCUGCACACGGGGACAGUUGUAAAACUUGGCGUUUACGCUCGAUGCUCACGGCAGCCGUGGUACUACGGUUGGGGGUUCAAUCUCCCGCGAGGCCAGGCACUUCUGGACAAGUGGAACCAGAUCCCGGACAGCACAGACAUCCUGGUGACACACUGCCCCCCGCUGGGUUUUCUGGACUGGGUUCCAAAGAAGAUGCAGCGUGUGGGCUGCAUGGAGCUGCUCAACACCGUCCAGAGGAGAGUCCAGCCCAAACUGCACGUGUUUGGACACAUACAUGAAGGUUAUGGGAUGAUGACAGAUGGCACCACCACCUUUGUCAACGCCUCCGCCUGCACCGUUAACUUCCUGCCUAUGAACCCGCCCAUCGUGUUUGAUCUGCCCAAUCCCAGGAGCUCAUGACGCCAGGAGCCCCGCCCUCCCGACCCGCCGGCCAAUCGGGACCAAGCAGGCGUCUCCGUGUGUCAAUAAAACUGCAAGAACUGUCAAUCAAACGAGAACGUCAGAAACUCAUCUGGAUUUGAGUCAUUUCGAGUUUGUCAGAUUAAUGACGUGACUUUGUAAUAACUACAUCUGGAUUAGGCCUUAAAAACAUGAACAAAGACUUAAUUCAUAAUAAAUAAACAGUUUAAGAAUGAUUCAGUUUUAGUAACUCCUUAAUUAAAGGGUUGGGGUUUGGAUUCAGGGGAUUAAAGGCCCUGUACCUGAUUUUCACCGUGUUUUUGAGAAAAAUAUGUCCCCAGAGCAGAGUGUGCAGCUAAUUAUAAAGCAUUUUAUUAUCUGAGAAUCAGGAAGUGCUAGUUAGCAUGCUAGCUUUACCGUGAUGCCAAAACGCCGCUCUGGUGUCUGAGAGUUGUGAAAAGUACUUAUAAACUCAUCAUGGUGAGUCAUUAGGAUGUUAUGAUGCAUAUGGUCAGAGGAGUAAGGUGGAGGAGGAGUAAAGAGGAGGAGGAAGGAGGAGGAGGAGUAAAGAAGAGGAGGAGUAAAGAGGAGGAGGAAGGAGGAGGAGGAGUAAAGAAGAGGAGGAGUAAAGAUGAGGAGGAAGGAGGAGUAAGGAGGAGGAGGAAUAACUUUGGACCAAACUGUUUAAAAUUAAAUAGUUCUGUUUUUAAUGUUUUAAGACAGAAAAAAUCAGGUACAGUGACUUUAAUGAACUAGUUUCUUUAAUGAAACACCUAAACCUGAAUCGUUCUUAUAUUUUAUAAACUUUGUCCAUUUGGACGUGUUCAUGUUUCUUUAGCCGUGACUUUAGUGUCUUCGUUCAGCUGUUCAUCCUUCAGCCAAUCAGGAGGCAGUGUGUAAAUAAAUUAGUUUCUUUUUUUAAAAACAAAAAUAAGAACCAGCUUUGUGCUCUUCACUGCACCGACAAUCUGCAAACACACGGCGAAACAAUCAGACGUUUAGCAGGAAC